AUAAGACCCAUGGAGGCUGGGUUCAACUUCACACAGUCUGCUCAGCUGUUUUUCUCACAUCAUUUCUAACAGCGGAAGACUUCUCUUUUAACAAAUCCAUUAUGUCUGCUUGUAGACAUCCAAAGGAAAGUGUGAGAAACCGAGCGUUAAUUGUUUGCAUAGAGAACUUCUAUCUGGAUGUGGAUCUGACCCAGCGGAGAGGUGUCAAGAGAGACAUGAAGAGGCUUGACAAAAUUCUUACCAAACUCGGUUUCCAUGUGGUAAUCAAAAAGGACAUUAAAGCAGAUGGUAUCUAUGAAGCAUUUAAAGCAGAGAGCGAGGAGACGGUCAAAGAGUGUUUUAUAGGCGUCAUAUCGAGUCACGGCGAGGAGGGUGUUGUGUUUGGUGCUGAUGGGUGUCCCGUGAAACUGGCCGAGGUCUACAGCUACUUUGGAGGCCCAUUGAUGGAGGGCAAGAACAAACUCUUCCUCAUUCAGGCUUGUCGAGGACAUGCGUUGGAAGGAGGUGUAGAGACAGAUGGAGUGGAGACAGAUUCUUCAUCCCCAGAGGAAGAGGAGAGCCUGUCCGAGCUGUUUUCCAUUCCUAUUGACACCGCAGUUAUGUACGCCACACCUCCAGGUUACGCUGCGUUCAUGCAUCCUCUGGGCUCGGUGUUCAUUCAGACCUUCUGUGAUUUGCUGGAAAAGGAAAGAGGUUCAGAUCUGGAGAUCACACGACUUAUGACUCGACUGAACCAUCAGGUGGCUUACAACUUCCAAGCAAGAGGAAAAGUGUUGGGCGGUAAAAAGCAGAUGUCGUGCUUUGUGACCCGCUUCACCAGAGAGGUUUUUCCAUUCGUGGACAGCAGCAGCACGGCAGCAACAGAGGUUGACCCGAGCUUGACCUUUACAGCCAGACAACUUGUGAACGAGCCUGAAAGGUCACAGAAGAUCAUCAGCUAAAAAUGAUGUAAUAGAGACUAAUGUCACAAACGUUUAAUGGAGGAACUGUUUAUCUUGGAGAGACAUUUCUUAAGAUAUCUUUCUCAUCUGAGAUUGAUAAUGAAUGAUUUGAUGUAAAGUGUGCACGAGAGCAGGAAAUGUUCUGCCGGGAAACGUUAAAUUUGAGAGGUUGAGAAUUUAAAUGUUUGUGAUACUUGCUUUUGAUAUUUGCCUAUAAAUUAACAAACUUACUGUUGGUGUUUUUUAUUAUUAAAUGAAUUAUUUUUGUAUGUAUUUUUGUAAGUACUGUAAAUUGUUCAUCUGUGACAUACCAUAUGUGAUCUGCCAAUAAAAUCCUUCACCUUUUAAAAUGGAAUUUUUUU